AUGGAGCUGAAUUAUGUAAUAAGUGCAAACAACCAUAUUCUGAUUAUCAAUGGUGCCAACAAUGUAAUACUAGACAAUUUCAACAAGAUUUUUCAAAGUGGACUAGUAAAAAUGAAUUUAUUGAUAAAUUUAUUCAAGAAGCACAACUAAAUGCUAAAAAUAGUUAUGAAAUUUUAGAGUGGAUACCUCAUAAUAAAUUAUUAAAUAUUAAUUAUUAUGACAAAGGAGGAUUUGGUGAAAUUCAUAAAGCUACCUGGUCAGAUGGUCCUAUUUUUACUUGGAAUUUUGACAAACAACAAUGGAAUAGACAAACAAGUUAUGAGGUUAUUCUUAAAACACUUAAUAAUUCAUCAAGUUUAGAUAGUAAAUUUCUGAAUGAGUGGAAAUAUCAUUAUAAUUGUCAGAAAAAAUCAUUUUCAAAAUUUAUUCAAUUCUUUGGAAUUACUCAGGAUCCAAGAAAUUCAAAUUAUAUAAUAGUAAUGAGUUAUGCAAAAAAAGGAAGUUUGAGAAACUGUUUAUCUGAUAU